AUGACUACCCGAUAUGUCUCCGCUCAUCAAUCGCCCAACGGCCCUGGUGAUCAACGUCCCACUGCCGAUCAGAUCGUCAGCGACGAACAACUCCAAGGCAAAUGGUGGGACAAGACAGUUCUCAUCACCGGUUGCUCCUCCGGGCUCGGAAUCGAGACCGCGAAAUCCUUGUACGAGACCGGUGCUACCCUCUUUCUCACAGCCCGCGACCUCAACAAAGCAAAGACCGCACUUGGAAGCCUGGUGGAAAGCGAGCGUGUCCACCUCCUAGAGCUCGACCUCAACUCUCUGGUCAGCGUACGCAAGUGUGCCGACACAUUCCUGGCUCAGCAUGACCGUCUCAACGUCCUCAUUGCAAACGCAGGUAUAAUGGCAUGCCCAGAGGGACGCACAGCAGACGGCUUUGAAACCCAGUUUGGCACAAACCAUCUUGCUCACUUCCUGUUAAUCCAGCUUCUUCUUCCCACUCUCGUCAAGUCGAGCACGGCAGACUCCAAGUCGAGGGUUGUCGUCCUUGCGUCCACCGGCCAUCGCAUGGGCGGCAUCCAUCUGGAUAACCUCAACCUCGUGGGAGAGUACCACCCUUGGUCAGCCUAUGGCCAGAGCAAGACAUCCAACAUCUACUGUGCGACCGAACUCAACCGUCGAUACGCAAGCCAAGGUGUAAACGCAUGGUCGGUUCAUCCUGGUCUGAUCUUCACUGGUCUCAUGACACACAUCGACAAGGAUACGAUGGAGGCAUGGGAUAAGGAUCCUAACAUCGGCAAAGCACUCAAGAGUCCGCAGCAAGGUGCUGCAACCACAGUCUGGGCAGCUACUGCAAAGGCUUUGGAAGGUCAAAGCGGGAAGUACCUCGAGGAUUGCCAGAUUUCUAGUGUAGUUAACGCCAAUCCUGCGUCGAAUGAGCCCGGUUAUGCGCCUCAUGCGUAUGAUGAAGAGAAGGAGAGGGCUUUGUGGGAGAAGUCUUUGGAGCUGGUGAAGCCUUUCAUGGCUUAG